AGUGCCUCGCAGUGCUUUUCAUGCAAAAUCCAUGUUGCUCGAGAACGUCUAAGAAGCUGCCCGAAGACUGUGAGUCAUGGCAGAUCGGCGCAAACAUCGUCGGCCUGUGAUUGCUUCCAUCGUUGCCUUCACACUGCUUGGACUCUCUUGGACAUGGUCUGCUACCUGCUUCGGCAAGAAGGGCAGCAAGGAAUUGCCUUCAGAUGACAAGGCAAAGAUUGUGAGCCUUGUUGGCCGAGAGGUUGUUGACAGCAGAGGGAAUCCCACCGUUGAAGCAGAGUUGACCACAGGCUAUGGCACGGUCCGGGCCAUCGUGCCCAGCGGUGCCUCCACCGGGAUCUACGAGGCUUUGGAGCUUCGAGAUGGGGGAAGUCGCUACAAAGGAGCAGGUGUCACUAAGGCGGUCUCGAACAUCAACCGGAUCAUUGCGCCCAAGCUGAAGGGCAAAGACGUCCGAUUUCAGAAGGACAUUGACGAUUUUAUGGUCCAAACUCUUGAUGGCUCGCAGAACGAAUGGGGCUAUCCAAAGUCCAAGCUGGGCGCCAAUGCCAUUCUGGCGGUGUCCAUGGCAGUGUGCCGCGCGGGCGCAGAGGCCUUUGGUCUUCAGCUCUUCGAGUACAUCGGAGAACUGAAGGAGACGAAGUUUGAGGUUGAGCAAAUCGAUGUUCAGAGGGCAAGAAGAAAGUCUUACAAGAUGCCUGUCCCCAUGAUGAAUGUCAUCAACGGCGGCCGGCAUGCCGGCAACAAACUUCCAAUGCAGGAGUUCAUGAUCGCCCCGACUGGUGCGAAGUCUUUCAAGGAGGCCCUCCAGAUCGGAUCAGAGGUCUACCACUCGCUCCAGAGCGUCGUGAAACAGAAGUAUGGCAAGAGUGCGGCUGCCGUCGGCGAUGAAGGCGGCUUUGCUCCUAACAUCCAGGAGAACGAUGAGGGCUUGCAAGCCCUAGCAGAGGCCAUCAAAGAUGCCGGCGCAACUGGAAAGGUAAAGCUUGCGAUGGACAUCGCGGCCUCUGAAUUCUACAACAAGGAGGACAAGACGUACAACUUGGGAUUCAAGGUGGAGAAUCCGGAUCCUUCGCUAAUUAAGACCAAAGAAGAGCUGGUGGCCUUCUACAAGGACAUCGCCUCUAGGUUUCCAGUCGUUUCCAUCGAAGACCCCUUCGACCAGGAUGACUGGGACGCCUACAGUGGUUUGGUGGAAGAACUGGGGAAGAGCGUGCAGAUCGUUGGCGAUGACUUGCUUGUUACAAAUCCAAAGAGAAUCCACUAUGCUCAGGAGCACAAGGCAGCCAAUGCCCUUCUCCUGAAGGUGAAUCAGAUUGGUAGCAUCACUGAAGCCAUUACAGCCUAUUUGGACAGCGUUUCCACCGGUUGGGGAGUCAUGGUCUCUCAUCGAAGUGGCGAAACAGAGGACACCUUCAUUGCCGACUUGGCCGUCGGCUUGAGCACGGGACAAAUCAAGACCGGUGCUCCUUGCCGUUCAGAGAGAGUGGCGAAGUACAAUCAGCUGCUGCGAAUCGAAGAAUACCUGGGCCGACGAGCAAGCUAUGCUUGAGUCUCACGUAUACGUUGCAUACUUUGGCUUGUCACUUUGUGUUGUGUCUCUGGACAACAUGUUCAAUCAUUUCUAGCGAAGAUUAUAUAAAUCCUGAUGUGAUCAAUUAUGAACACCAGGAGGAUCUUUGACCUUAGUGUGCACGAUUGAGACUUUGAUAGACUUUGUAAAACUGUGAGUUGCACAGAUUCAGGAGACACAAUAGAUUUGAUUGAUGGAUUCAGCUCAACCAUUCUUUCAGGCCAAAGACAUCCAAACUCUGGCCUUUCACAGUUGAGUUCUAGCUUUGCCGGAAAUGUUUACUUGAGGCUGGGGAGAAGUUCCGAGACUCCUGAGAGGGAUUCUCGACCAUGAAAGUGACCCCAUAAGACAAGGACAAAAGUACUGAGCCUAGGGCUUAGCUUGUCACUGCUCUUUUUGAUUGUGAUCCAAGACAACUGGUGAUUUGUCAGAACCUGGCAUUAUUGUUUUUCGCUCGACACUUUUUUUGAUCGAUUAAUGCGCCUUUGCACAUGAUGAUUCGGGAUCUACCCGAGAUGUAGGCAUUUGGACGCUGCGUCUUUCCAGUUUCAAGGCUCACGCAACAUGUCGUGCCCCUGGCUGGAGUAAAUAGUCCCCUGUCUGGACCACUGCUCUUGGAACUCUUUUCAAAUAGGC